AUGAGCCGGCUACUCGCGCAAGCGCGCAUCGAUCGCCAGCGCGCGACUGAGGUUCGAGUGCACGCAUUGCAUGAGCACCUCAAAGCAAUCGCACGCGUCGAUAUAAACGCCCAAAGCAACCGACGUGUCGAGGCAUUACGAAGGGAACGCCAGCACAGGGAGGAGCAGGCCGAGAUCGAGAUGGACGCUAUGAUUACGCAGCACGAGCAGGACGAGUACCGCAAAAAGCGGCUGGCUGAGCUUGAGGAACUGAUUGCCACAGAGCUCCAGCGUCAGCAGGCGGAGACCAUCAGGGCCGAGACCCGCCGCCGACGCAUUUGUGAUGAAAGUGAAGAGCUCAGGGAGUUGAAAGAAAAGCUUCAGAUGGCUAAGGUGAAUAAGGAAAGAGCCGCUCAGCUCAUCGAACAGCAAAUGCGCUUGGUUGAAGAAGAUGAGAUUCAAACCGCCAUAGAUGCUCAGGUCGAGGCUGCUCGCCUCCACGUGCUAGAAGAAGAAAAACGACUCUACGUGGAGCAACUGGAGCAGGCCCGCGCCGCUAAGGAUAUGCAACGCCAGCAAAUGUACGAACGAAAGGAAGCGAGAAAACGCGAGGCUAUCGCGGAAUACAACAACGAUAGAGCUCAGGUAGAAGACAUCGUCAGACAAGUUCUCGCUCAGGAAAACGAGGACCUUCGGAUGCAGGCCGGAAAACGGGAAGAGGAGCGGAAACAAAUCCAAGAAUCUCUGCGCCAGAAGGCGCUAUGGCACCAACAGCAGAAAGAAGCAUCAGCACUUGAGGAUGCGAAAAUUCAGGAGUAUGCUGAUUUAAAAGCGGCCCGUGAUAGACAGCUGGACCAGGAGCGCGAAGAAAGGGAGGAGGAAAAACGUCGCGUCCUCAAAGAGUUAUCACGACAGAAGCUAGAGCGGGAGGCAAAGGAGAAGGAGUAUCAGCAGCUUCUGGACGACCUCCACCUUGACGAGAAAGAAGAGCUGGAGCGGCGGAAGGAGGCAGCGGAGCGUCAGAAAAAGCAGGACGACAAGGAAGCAAUGCUUCGCGCUUUUGAUGCCCAGAUGGCAGAGAAGGAACGGCGACGUCGCGAAGCGCAGGCUCAAGAGCAGCAGUACCGCCAGGACCUCUUGGCGCACCUUGCAGAACAAAACCGGCUGGAGCAGAUGAACGAACAGAAAAGGCGCAUGAAGCUGCAGGAACACAUGCGUCAGGUGGAGAAGCUGAUCGAAGAAAGACGGGAAAUGUUUGAGGCAGAGAGAGCCGAAGAAAGGGAAGCUAGACAGCGACUGGUUGCCGAAGAAGAAGAGAAGCAAGCAGUAGUUGAGCAAGAGCGGCAGCGUCUCUUACGGGAGCAUGCCGAGCUCAUGGCGUUCUUACCGAAGGGGACCUUGAAGAAACCUUCAGAGCUCAAUCUAAUUCAUGAAGCGGCCGAAGAACAUCGCCGCCUUCGGCACAUGUAA